GAACUUGGAGGAAUGUUCACAAAAAGCGUGAUUUUAGUGACACUUUUGGGAGGUGCAUUGGCUGCAGUCAGCAAGCCAACAUGCAACGAAAAUUUAACUGAGGAUUACGUGCAAGAUCCUGAGGCUUGCAAUCGAUACUAUCGAUGUGUCAAUGGGCAGAUGCAUGACUUUUCCUGCCCCUUUGGGAUGCACUGGCAGCAAGAAGAACGCAAAUGUGUCCUCGAAGGUCAGUCAACUUGCAGGAUGAGACCUAAUGAUAUUCCGGAUUGGCCACCGAUUUACCCUCAACCAACCACUGCACCGCCCAACACACCCCCAACUGCACCACCUACUUGUGCACCUGGCGUUAUGGUCGCUUGGCCGGAUAACCACGACUGCCGACGCUUCUACCUUUGUAUCGAAGGCGAUCUUUGGCACAUGUGGUGUCAACCUGGAACACGCUUUGACUACAUGACUCGUCGAUGCGAUCCUAAUGCUAUCUGCGUUCCAGGAGCAGUUGUAGGUCUCGAAGAAAUAUAGUCUUGAGACAAUAAAGAUGGAUUGGUAAAUCCUACUUGCUAAAGUUUCUUGAAAUUUGUCUUAAACUGUUGCUGGUUUCAAGAAAAAUCCAACAUUCGAACAAAAAAUAUUAAGUUCAACCUGAGCAACCUUAGUACUGUUAUAUUUUAUAACACUUUGAAAAUAUCUAUCAACAACCACAGAAAAAAUGCACCGAUUCGCAGAGUGUUUCUAAUAACUUACUGUUAUAAUUUAAAAAAUCUAUAUGAUUUGAGAUAGAGUAGUACAGUUUUAUAUUUUCUAAGAGUAUAACAGGUUCAUCACACAAUAAACAACAUCAAGAAAUAAA